AUGCCGGAUCAUUGUCCAACCGAACCUUGCAAUACCGGAUCAUUGUCCAACCAAACCUUGCAAUGCCGUAUCAUUGUCCAACAGAACCCUGCAAUGCUGAAUCAUUGUCCAACCGAACCUUGCAACGCCAAAUCAUUGUCCAACCGAACCUUGCAAUGCCGGAUCAUUGUCGAACCAAACCUUGCAAUGCCAAAUCAUUGUCGAACCGAACCUUGCAAUGCCCAAUCAUUGUCCAACCUAAGCUUGCAAUGCCCAAUCAUUGUCCAACCUAAGCUUGCAAUGCCCAAUCAUUGUCCAACCGAACCUUGCAAUGCCGGAUCAUUGUUAAAAGGAACCUUGCAAUGCCCAAUCAUUGUCCAACCGAACCUUGCAAUGCCAAAUCAUUGUCAAACCGAACCUUGCAAUGCUGAAUCAUUGUCCUACCGAACCUUGCAACGCCAAAUCAUUGUCCGACCGAACCUUGCAAUACCGAAUCAUUGUCCAACCGAACCUUGCAAUGCCGAAUCAUUGUCCAACCGAACCUUGCAAUGCCAAAUCAUUGUCAAACCGAACCUUGCAAUGCUGAAUCAUUGUCCUACCGAACCUUGCAACGCCAAAUCAUUGUCCGACCGAACCUUGCAAUGCCGAAUCAUUGUCCAACCGAACCUUGCAAUGCCGAAUCAUUGUCCAACCGAACCUUGCAAUGCCAAAUCAUUGUCCAACCGAACCCUGCAAUGCUGA